CACCUCUGGCUGAGGCCUAGCGAGCUGGACUGUGGCCCCUGAGCGGCGGGGACGCCUGGGCACCUCUGGGCCUUGAUGCCCGCACUCCUCUCGGCGGCCGUGGCUGAGAUGCUGGCCGGCUGCAUGGCCCUGAGAGGGAUCUCUGCGCCGCUGCUGUGCCGAGGGCCCGGCCUGCGCCUUCUGCGUGGGUGGGGCUCGGCGGCCGCGCACACUGAGAAGGGUAGAAAAACACAGAGCCGAUCGGCCAAACCCUGUCGUCCUGAGUUUGACUGGAAGGACCCACUGUUGCUGGAGGAGCAGCUGACUGCCGAUGAGAAACUCAUCAGGAAUACGUUCCGCAACUACUGCCAGGAGCGGCUCAUGCCUCGCAUUCUGCUGGCCAAUCGCAAUGAAGUUUUUCACCGGGAUAUCCUAUAUGAGAUGGGGGAGUUGGGCGUGCUGGGACCCACCAUUAAAGGGUAUGGCUGUGCUGGGGUGUCAUCUGUGGCCUAUGGGCUCCUAACCCGAGAGCUGGAGAGGGUGGACAGUGCCUACAGGUCAGUGAUGAGCGUCCAGUCCUCCCUGGUCAUGCAUCCCAUCUACACCUACGGCAGUGAGGAGCAGCGGCAGAAGUACCUGCCUCGGCUUGCCAAAGGUGAACUUCUGGGCUGCUUUGGCCUCACAGAGCCCAACCAUGGGAGUGACCCUGGUGGCAUGGAGACCAGAGCCCGUCAUAACCCAUCGAACAAGAGCUACACACUUAGUGGGACCAAGACCUGGAUCACCAACUCGCCUGUGGCUGACUUGUUCAUAGUGUGGGCUCGGUGUGAAGAUAAUUGUAUUCGGGGCUUCCUGAUGGAGAAAGGGAUGCGGGGUCUCUCAGCCCCUAGGAUUGAGGGCAAGUUCUCUCUGCGGGCCUCGGCCACUGGCAUGAUCAUCAUGGAUAGUGUGGAGGUGCCUGAGGAGAAUGUGCUGCCCAAUGUGUCCAGCCUGGCGGGUCCCUUUGGCUGCCUCAACACUGCCCGGUAUGGCAUCACCUGGGGUGUUUUGGGAGCUGCAGAGUUCUGUUUGCACACAGCCCGGCAGUACACCCUGGACAGGAUCCAGUUUGGUGUCCCCUUGGCCAGGAACCAGCUGGUCCAGAAGAAACUGGCAGAUAUGCUCACUGAGAUCACACUGGGCCUCCAUGCCUGUCUGCAGCUUGGCCGCUUGAAGGAUCAGGACAAGGCCACCCCAGAAAUGGUCUCACUGCUGAAGAGGAAUAACUGUGGCAAAGCCCUGGACAUUGCUCGCCAGGCACGAGAUAUCCUUGGGGGAAACGGGAUUUCUGAUGAAUAUCAUGUGAUCCGCCAUGCUAUGAAUCUGGAGGCUGUGAACACUUAUGAAGGUACACAUGACAUUCACGCUCUGAUCCUUGGGAGAGGAAUCACAGGGAUUCAGGCGUUCACAGUUGGCAAGUAAACUCACUUCAGCAGAGGGCCUAGAGACUCUGAGGCCCUCCACAGAAAAGUUCGGCUGGACCCAUUGUGCUCUGAGUUUACUCAGGAGGUGACAGAGAGACCCAGCUUUGAUGCUGGGAAGACACCGAUUUUAAAAUACAGUAAUUUCAGCCAGGCUUGGUGGCACAUACCUUUAAUCCCAGCACUCAGGAGGCAGAGGCAGGCGGAUCUCUGUGGGUUCAAGGCCAGUCUGGUCUACAUAGAGUGCCAGGACAGCUGGGGCUACAGGGAGAUACUGUCUCAAAAAGACGGAAAAAAAAAUUUUCCUUUUGGAAGCCAUUCAGAUAUGCUCUGAGAAAGAAAAUGGAGUUCUCUAUAAGGUGCCCCUCAGCCCAUUUUUAAUUGUGGAUGAGAUCAGAUGCCAUCGACCUAAAAUCAGGAGCUUCUUAAGCCUGGUAUAACAAGGCAAGGACAGUGACGCAGAAGCCACUGCAGUGAGACAGAGCAGACUGUGAACACGUGCACUGGAGUUCACUGAGUUCACUGUGUACCCUCCCACUUCCAUCCCAAGGACAGUGCCUUAUGUAUGCUGGACAGCACAGCAGAUAAGGGAGAAGAAAAUAAAGAGCCUGCACCUCA